UGGCGCGGUCCCGCACGCGGUACGCUGGCAGCGGCUGCCACGCUCGGCCUCGCCUGGCGGGACGCGGUGUGAGGCCUGGCACCGUGCCGAGGGUGAUCUCGCCGGGCAGCAGCCAGCCAGCCAGCCCUCUCCUCUGUGCGUGUCCCUGGCGGCCUGGCCGAGUCCUGCUUGUCCAUUCUUUGCGGCAGAACGCGGUGACCUCGGAGUUCCUUUCCACACCAAUGGAUUGUGAGAAGAAAAGCUAUGUUUCUGGCGAAGUAGCUGAUACUUCAGUUUCUUGCCUGAAUGCAGUGGAUAAACCUUCGCCUAUGGAGUCAACAGGAUUGCCUACUGCAGAGGAGCAGGAGACGAAUCAACCUUUGAAAGUCUUCCUGAGGGUGAGACCCUUUUCUGUAGCUGAGCUUGAAAACCACGAGUCUCAGGGUUGUGUAACUAUUGAAGAUCCUCAGACAGUAAUUCUUAGUGCACCCAGAGCAUCUUCUGCAAUGAAAAACAGUGAAAGAGGAAUUGGUCAUUCUGUGCACAAGUUCACCUUUUCUCAGGUCUUUGGACCAGAAACUACCCAAAGGGAAUUUUUUGAAGGCUCGAUGAAAGACAUAGUAAAAGCCUAUAUUAAUGGAGUGAAUGGACUGGUGUUUGCUUAUGGGGUUACUAAUGCAGGCAAGACAUUCACCAUCCAAGGGACUUCAAAAGAUUUUGGUGUUCUACCUCGCUCACUUGAUGUGGUAUUUAACCACAUAAGGGGUAGACAAUAUCUGAAGAUGAACUUCAAACCACAUUUGAGCAAUGAGGUUAAGAAACUAGAAGAUGUGCAAGUUAAGCAAGAAGUAGCCAUAAAAGCUGCCAUUCUUGCAUCACUGAAAGAGGAGACAGAAAACAUCUCAAAUGCAAAUGUGUGUGGUGUGCAGUCUGAGUCUUCCAACUGUACUUCAGUGAGUCCUACUGAUUCACUAGCAGAGAGGAACUUUUUUCCACUUGACAUAUACAGGACUAACCUACAGCAGAGAACACAAGCAUCUGUGUGGAUUUCCUUCUGUGAGAUUUACAAUGAAUAUGUGUAUGACCUGUUGAAUGUGUUUUCUACCUCAAAAGCACAAAAACGCAGAGUCUUGAGAAUCUGUGAGGAUCAAGGAGGAAACUCUUACAUUAAAGACUUAAAGUGGGUUAACAUUCAGAACAUUGAAGAAGCAUGCAAAAUACUAAAAAUAGGAAACAAGAACCGAAGCUUUGCCUGUACUAGAAUGAAUGAGCAAUCAAGUAGAAGUCACAGCAUCUUCUCCAUCAGGCUACUAAAGCUAACUGAUGAGCACCAGCCCCGUGUUCUUGGAGUUUCAGAGUUGUCAUUCUGUGACUUGGCUGGAUCAGAGAGGUGCAAUAAAACACAAGCCUUUGGAGAUAGACUAAAAGAAGCAGGAAAUAUUAAUAAUUCUCUCCAUAUCCUUGGAAAAUGCAUUGCAGCACUGAAGCAAAACCAAAACCCAAAGAUGAAGCCAAGCUAUAUUCCCUUCAGAGAGAGCAAACUGACUCGUCUGUUUCAGCCCUUCUUCUGCGGGAAAGGCAAAGCUUGUAUGAUUGUCAACAUAAACCAGCACGCUGCCACCUACGAUGAAACACUGCAUGUCAUGAAAUUCUCAGCUAUAGCCAAGCAGGUAAUCCAGACAAUCUUACCCAGGAGCUUCAAUUAUUUUCCACCUAAGCUGGUUGGAGGUGAUGGCGGAGCUAUCAUUCACUUUGAUGCUAACACCUCUACAGAUGACUUGCCUGACAGUGCUGAAACCCCUGCAGAAGAGGAAGUGGACAUCACCAUUCUGAGCCAUGAGGAUCUCUUGAAAACUACAGAGAACCUAAGGGAGAAGCUAGUUGCAGAAAGGCAAAGUAAACUCCUCCUGGAGGUGAAGAUACGCAGAGAGAUGGCAGCAGCCAUGUUCCGACAGCUGUUGGAGACAGAGGAAGCCUGGAGCAACCGCUUGGAAGACAUGAAAGACAGUUAUGAAGAGAAGCUGGAGAGCAAAUUUGAGAUGUAUAAAGAGGCCAUCAAGAAACAUGCCUACAUGUGUGCAAUGGAACAAAUCGAGCAUCACUAUGUUCCCAUAGAAGAAUUUCUGGCUGAACAAGAGAAAGUUGAGGAUAGAGAAAGUAAAAUACGGCAGUUGGAAAGACAACUGGAUGAAGAGUCAGGGAGGCUGCUGGGAAGUCUGAAUUCAGAUACACCAACUGCUGACAGUAAUGUGGAACUAGAUCUUACGACCAGAGCGAUGCAGAGAGCCAAUGAAGGGCUGCAGAAAAAAUGCAGAGAGAAAGAAGAGCUUAUAAAGUCUCUGAAGUUGAAAAUACAGAAAUUAAAUGAAACCCUGCUAGAAGCUAAUGAAGGCUACAGGAAAAUGGCAGAAGAGAACAGUCAGCUGAAGCGUACAAUCACACUCAAGGAUCAAGAAAUGAACAGUCUCCAGAACUGGGCUAAACGUGUCCUGGAGCUUGAAGAAAUGGUCUCUUCCCUGCAAAAAGAACUCGAUGAACGGAAAAAGCCUCUCCCUCUCGAGGAGCCAAACCCACAAAAGCCCAGGAGAGGUUUGUUGGCCAACCUGAAAUCCACAGUAGCAGCCACUGCCAGUACACCUCUUGGUAAAGGCUGGGGGAAGCAUGAAGAUGCUUCAUCCUCCUCAAGAAAACAAGUACUGUUGGCUUACAGAGCAAAAGAAUGAUGUUUGGUUAACCAAAGGGUGCAGUUACUGGGCUUUUUGAAUCUUAAGCUGUCAGCUUUUUCUUACUCCAAGAUGCUCACUGUCCUGUUAUCUCAGAGAUAAAUGUUUCAUGCAGAUUUUAUUUAUUAAUUGGAUCAGGGCUGAAUUUAGAGCUGUGUUUUUAGAUUUCAACUUGUGCUUUUACUGUUGAUAGAGGGAUGUGAUUUGAGAGAUAGAUGUCAUUUUAAUUCUUGGGUAGCUGCUGUCAUGGUCUUUGAUGCUGAUAAAUGUGUUUCAUGCAAAAUGGGAUGUACCUCAUCUGCUGCCCA